AUGACUGAGUGGGAAACUAUUCUAAACAAAUCUUCACAUACUUCACCAGUCAAGAUCAGAUCACCCAAGAAUCACUCUGCUGAACGUGUUGAUCAAUACUUAAAAGCUGUAUCACUACAAACAGCACGACAAGAGAACCCCACUCAAAAAAAACCAGUGAAAUCAUGGAUCUUUAAGAGUAUCGUAUGUGCACUUUUUGUCAUUAGCAUUUUUUCAUGGCAACAGCAGGAAACUAUGCUCCAAUAUAUUCAAUCACCUUAUACCCUUUAUCAACAUGCAUCAAACUUUCCUUGGGUCAUAAAGACAAAGCAGGAAUGGGACAAUCAGUAUCAAGCACGCAUAGCGCCUUGUGUUGAAAAGUUAGAAGCAAUCAAUCACUGGAUCGAGACCACAAGUGUCAAGACAGUAGUGGAAAAAAGCACUGACUAUAUUUAUCAAGCCAUGUAUACAUCAGACAACCGAUUGCGCAUAUUAUCUCAAUAUCAACAACAUGUUUUACCACUAUGGACGUGGAUCAAAGAAGCAGUUAUGGAGCUGAUACAGCAAUGGCAUGCUCAACUCAAUGAAUAUGUGCGCAUUGGACAGAGAACAGAUAGCAAAGAUGCACCUAUUAUCCAAGACUUUAUGAUAGAAGAUGCAUUCAAGAAAACAGCAAGACGAAUCUUGGACUAUAUUGAUCAAAAGAACCAAGAAAACAAAAAAAUGGGUAUGCAGCAAGAAGAAGCUAAAGAAAAAGCACGCGACAUUAUCAACAGCAUUACACAAUUAACAACAACAAAAAAGAAAAGACAGGCACUUCGUCCCAAGCUUGAUGAGCGAGUUCGAUUGGACAAGCAACUCGAUUUGAUUCAGUCAAAGUUAGAGACACUGGAUUUAGAACAAGACACAGACUUCCUUAAGAGUGCAUUGAAAGCAGAAAUCGAUCAAUUACGAGCCACAGCUGAAGACAAUGUUCGAAAAUGUACUAGACUUGCUUUCAAAAACUUGGAGCAAAUUGAGCAAACUAAUCCUAUUGUGAUUGAUCAUAUUAAACACGAUAUUCAAGCAGCUCAGCGUGUUGCCUUGAAAGAUCUAAGACAAGUCUAUAGCAAGUUAUAUAAGACGACACAAGAUAUUGAUCAAUUGUUUAACUAG